GACUCGAAUCAAUGCCUUUCAAUACUUUUUUCGGUCCCAACGUGUAAACGCCACAAUAAAAAAGCGCCAGCGGGGGUUUCCGUUACAUUUCAUUUCUUUCAAGAUGACAGCAAUCCAGGAAACACAGGUUGACGAUGGCAAUAUCGAUACAGCAACAACGGAAUCUACAGAUCGUCCAGAAGUGAUUGUAAAUUACCAAUACGUCCCACCGGAAUGGCUGCAAAACUGCUCACCCCUUGGUCCCGUGGUCCGGGUUCGAAAAUCCUUGGACAGAUUUAUAAAGAGCCAUGGAAAAAAGUUGAAAUUGGCAAUAUACACUUUACUACUUCUGUGCUAUUUCGCAUACUUCGUUGGCGCUAUGGUUUACCGGUUCGGCGACGAGGGUUCGAUUCGCUUACUUGUGUUUACACUGCUUGUCUUAUUUUUCUAUGCAAUACAUACAAUGAAGAGGAUGUUUGGAAACCGAGUUGAAGCUUAUUUCAACACUUUACAUAAAGAACGUAAAUAUCCUAGUAAGAGGACCAGGAAAGUAAUGUUACGUUUAGUCACAGCUUACGUCGCCGUUGUGGUCAUUGUGGUCAUUAUUGCUACCGUCAUCCGGCGGGAUCCAUACAGACUCGUACCCGUCAGCGGCAUUGCCAUCUUUACUUUUUGCCUCUUCUUCUUUUCAAAAGAUCCCGCUCAGGUAUCAUGGCGACCAGUUCUGUGGGGCUACCUGCUGCAAUUGGUUUUUGCGUUGAUAGUACUCCAGACGAGUUGGGGUUAUGACCUCUUUGAUUGGCUGGGAAAAAGGGUGACAGAAUUCCUUGAUCACACCGAUGUUGGCGCAAUAUUUGUGUUUGGUGAAAAAUUUACCGAUCACUUUUUCGCAUUUAAGGUGAUGUCAGUAAUAUUCUUCUUCAGUGCAGUAAUCUCAAUUCUGUACUUUUUGGGAUGGAUGCAAGUUCUUAUCGAAAAAAUGGCGCUAAUUAUGCAGUACAGCUUAGGAACCUCGGCAAUGGAGUCCCUACAUGCGGCCGUUAAUGUGUUCGUGGGAUGGGCUGAAACAACGACCUUAGUGAGGCCUCUUUUUGACAAGAUGACGCUAUCAGAGCUCCACACUGUGAUGACGAAUGGUUUCGCGACUGUCGCCGGAAGUACCCUUGUCGUCUACGUUUUGUUUGGGGCUCCUGCCAACCACCUGCUUUCGGCUAGUGUCAUGUCAGCACCCGCUGCACUCGCUAUAUCCAAGUUGUUUUGGCCAGAAUCUAAAGAAACCAAACGAGACACUUCGAACGAUGCAUGCGUAAUAAAACGGGAAGGAAGAAACAUCGUUGAUGCUGCUUCCAUCGGCGCCAUUACAGCUCUGCCGAUAGUAGCGUACAUUAUAGCCAGUGUUAUUGCAUUCUUCUCUCUGCUGGGCUUUGUCAACGCUACCUUAAUCUGGAUAGGGGAGCGGGUAGGACUCAUACCCCCAGAAUAUCCGAAUCUGACUUUUCAGCUGAUUUGUUCCUUCUUAUUUUGGCCGCUUGUGUUCUUGAUGGGAAUAGAGUCACGUGACUGCUGUGUCGUUGCCAGAAUGGUUGGAAUUAAAACGUUCAUCAACGAAUUUUUAGCGUAUGAAGACUUAGGGAAAGUCAUUAAAAAUAACCAGAUAUUUGAGUCUUAUGAUGGGCCAUGGACGAGAACAUCCAACUGUGACGUUUUUCUGCUCGAUAGAAAUCAGACGCUGACGGGUGGGGUCAUCUCGGAACAUUCAGUUGUGGUGACAACGUAUGCUCUCUGUGGAUUUUCCAAUAUCACAGCUCUAGGAAUCAUGAUAGGGGCAUUGACAGCCAUUGCGCCGGAUCGGAAAGAGGAUAUAGUGCGUGUCUCCAUCCGGGCCCUGAUAUCCGGAUGUUUUGCUUGCUUUAUGACUGCAUGCAUGGCAGGAAUACUCUCUGAAUAGGACCAAGAGCCCAUUCCAACUGAAUGAUGCUGAUGCAAUAACUUUAUACUAUAAAUCAUAUAUAAAUCAUAUA